AUGAUGACCAAGACAAUCACCCUCCUCUCCGCCCUGACAGUGGCAGCAGUCGCAAACCCCACAAUUGGAUACGCAGGCUAUUACUAUGCCGACUGCGCCGUCCCAAGCAUCGACGCUACGAAUGCCUAUGCCGGAUCCUGCAUCAACGUCGAGAACUUCCCCAUCAAAUCUUUCACUGCCUACGUCGAGUCUGGCUCCUGCGCUGAUGGCACCUCCGCCGUGUUGAGCACAUACACUGCCGCUAGUUGCGACGAAUCGACCCUCUUUGAGACGUUCAGUGUGGAUAGCGUGAAGCAAUGCUUUGAGGCUGAUGUUACUCUUGUCAGUAUCAAGGCUGAGUGUGUUUAA